AUGAAAGAUGCAUCUCAAAAGGCCGCUCACGGAAUGACACAAGGCUUUACUGAUAACGUGAUUGCUCCUAUAAUUGGAGAUAUCCAUUCAGUCUACUCGACCAUCACCCCGACGAAGAAGCCACUUGAUGAACGUGAAGGACAGCCGUUGAAGGAGCCCUCGUCGUCUUUGCCAAUGCUCCAAAUGAAGUGUCGCUACCUGGAUCAGCGAUACAAAUGGAUUAUCAAACAGAUUGAAUAG